AUCAGUUGUGUUGGUGGUGGGGUUAGAUGGACGUUCUCUCACUAGUACUGUAUCUUGAAGGUCCAAAAGACACUUACCCGUUGUUGAUGGAGCGGCCAGGGAGCUUCAAUGGCAGUCAGCAUAUCAUAGAAAUAGCUGGGAGUACUGAUGCUUCCACGCCUGCCUCGCCGCAUGAUAGACAUUUUAAUGGUGUAGAUGCAUCGCAGCAUGAAGACAGAAUUAGUAGUGCAAGAAUACCUGUUUCCACCUCGAGUAUAUCUAAUGGAUCAAAUACUAGGAAUUCUUCGUUCAUCAGACGAGGGGAUACUCGUCGGAAUAGGAGUCCUGUGCAUUCUGGGUUAUGGAUAUCUAUUGAGCUAGUUCUCUUAGUAAGCCAGAUUGUUGCAUCUAUAGUUGUUUUGUCUUUGUCAAGGCAUGAGCAUCCACGUGCCCCAUUGUUUCAUUGGAUUGUGGGUUAUGCUUCUGGAUGUGCUGCUACCCUCCCUCUGCUUUAUUGGCGGUAUUAUCAUCAUAACCAUAUGCGAGAGCAAGAUUCAUCUCAAUCGCGUCAAACAUCUCCUCGGGUUAAUGAUCCUUCCGGGACACUUCUUUCCAGUUCCAGAACUAAUGGAGUUGAAGUUGGUCAGGCUGCUGCUCCAUCCUCCAGAAGCAUUCAAGCUUCAGUAUUGAUGAAUAGAAGAAUGAAGACACUAGUGGAGUACUUCAAAAUAUCUUUAGAUUGCUUUUUUGCUGUAUGGUUUGUUGUGGGAAAUGUAUGGAUCUUUGGGGGACAUUCGACUGUUGAUGAAGCUCCUAACUUGUACAGGUUAUGUAUAGUGUUUCUUGCAUUUAGCUGUAUUGGUUAUGCUAUGCCCUUCAUUCUGUGUUCAACAAUCUGCUGUUGUCUCCCUUGUAUAAUUUCCAUCCUUGGGGUUAGAGAGGAUCAGACACAAAACAGAGGGGCAACUUCUGAAUCCAUUAAUGCUCUGCCAACUUACAAGUUCAAGAUGAAGAAAAAUAAAAGAAGUGGUGAAAGCAAUUCAGCUGCUGCCGAAGGUGGAAUUGUGGCCGCAGGAACUGAAAAAGAGCGUGUGAUCUCCGGGGAAGAUGCGGUUUGCUGCAUCUGUCUGGCAAAGUAUGAAAAUAAUGAUGAGCUAAGAGAAUUGCCUUGUUCUCAUCUUUUCCACAAAGACUGCGUAGAUAAGUGGUUGAAGAUAAAUUCAUUAUGCCCUCUUUGCAAGAGUGAGGUUGGUGAGAACUUGACAGGAUCCAUCUCUGGAGAAGAUGCCAGCCAACAACGAGGUGACAUCAGGGUUGGGAACGGCCUCACCAAUACCACAGUUUAGUCUAGUAAUAUACAAUUUGAAUCCUCUCUUUUUCCUUAAGAACUGAAUAAUCUCCUCUUAUGAGUGACGAGAGAGAAAGAACAAACUGGCCUAUUUAUAAAACCCCUGCACAGGUAAUACUUUGUCCCUCCACAAUAAAUUGUGUUUUCUUCUCUCAUAACAGGACAUUCAUGUUCUUAAGGAAAAGGAAAUAAUCCAAAGUCUCUUAUAUACAUAUGUACACUCGUAGUUUUGUAAAGUUUUUUCUAUGCAGUCCACUCUUUUUACAUGGAUGAAUGUUUGAUUAAAUUCAUCCAUUCCAUAACAUUUUUGAUGAUAUAUUUUCUUUUUCUUGUUGGAGCUGUAAGUUGGUCAAUACAAGGCAUUGCCUUCUAUAGUCUACUUGUGAUGUAGCUAAUUGUUCAAGGGACGCUUAGCCCUGCCAUAAGCUGUAUGGUUUGGGCUGUGGGAGUUAAAACUAGUCUUAUUAAACUUGGAUUGGACUCGCUUGUUCAACCAUUGAACUAGUUACCUAACCGAACCGCUUAGGUAAUGGUUCUAAAUAGCACAAUAAAUCAGUCAAGCUCAAGAACUGGUGUGGCUUGAUUUGACUCGUCUAGUUCAUAGAAAACCUGACAUGUCAUGCAUUUUUUUAAAAGAAAAACAUCGUCAUUUUUAUAUAAUGGAAAAAGAGAAGAAAAAUAAGAUAACAGGACGAAGUCAGCCGAGGCAGAGCCUGCAAAGGCCUAGCUCUGAUGAUCUGAAGAGGAGAGCUGAACUUGAAGAGCAGAGGCAGAUGGCAUCCCAUUUGUCUGUCCAGAUCCUUUUGUCAUUUGUUCGUGGCAACUCCGGUUUAUGUUCAUCGGUCUAAGCAUCCAGGUUGAGUAAAGGGUUUUAUGAUUUCUUUGUGUAACUUGCUCCUCGUGAUUUGCAUUUCUAAUCAGCCAUUGACAUCAGUGCAACUCAAUGCUUAAUGUUGCACACUAUCCCUGUUGAUUUUUUAAUUUCUGAUCGCAUGAUGGUGUGAUGUAUCUUCCA